GCCCCUUUAAUCACUGUCGCGCAUGUGCAGAAAACGAGAUCAAACUUUUUAACUAGUCAACUUCGCAGAAAGUUUCUGAUUUCAGGAAAAAAAGAAUGAAAUGGCUUUUCGGAGGAGGAAUAAGAGCUAUCCAUUCUUCAGUCAGGAGUUUCUUAUCCAAAACCAUGCAGACAUUGUCUUCUGUCUGGUGGUGUUCAUUCUGAUCGGGUUGAUGUUCGAGGUGACGGCAAAGACAGCCUUCCUGUUUAUCCUCCCGCAGUACAACACCAGCACUCUGACACCAGAUGGAGAGGUGUCGCUCUAUCAGUAUGGAUGGAGGGAUUGUGUCACCGUGCUCUUCUACUUUUUCAUCGCCCUCAUCCUUCACGCUGUGGUUCAGGAGUAUGUGCUUGAUAAAGUGAAUCGUAGGCUUCAUCUGUCAAAGAGCAAACACACCAAGUUCAACGAGUCUGGGCAGCUUUGUGUGUUUUACCUGGCAUCCUCCAUAUGGAGUCUCUACAUACUCAUUACGGAGGGCUAUCUCUCAAACCUGACCAGUCUCUGGGAAAACUAUCCUCACAUACACCUGAGGUUUCAGGUGAAGUUUUUCUAUCUCUGUCAGCUGGCCUACUGGCUCCACGCGCUACCUGAGCUCUACUUCCAGAAAGUAAGGAAGGAGGAGACUCCACGGCAGCUCCUGUACAUCUCUUUCUACCUGCUGCACAUCGGAGCCGCAUACCUGCUCAAUCUGACUCGACUAGGCCUGGUGCUCCUGUUCCUACAAUACCUAUCUGAGCUUGGCUUUCACAUUGCCAGACUCGUCUACUUCACAGACGAGAGCCAUAACAAGCUGUUCAAGGUGUGGGCAGCCGGGUUUGUCUCGACGCGUUUGUUCACACUCACUCUGUCAGUGCUGGUGGUGGGGUUCGGUCUGGCUCGCGUAGAGAAUCAAGGGCUGGACCUGGAGACUGGCAACUUUAACACCCUGCUGCUCAGAAUGACAGUUCUCCUGGUGGUCUGCCUGACGCAGGCCUGGCUCCUAUGGAGGUUCAUUCACUUCCAACUACGGCGCUGGAGAGAGUACCGGCAAGAACAGGCAGCCCGCAAGAGAGUGACCGUCAAGCAGCAGCCCAAACUUGUCAAGAGAGACGCUGGACACCAUGAAAACGGAGUAAUCAAAGCUGAAAAUGGAGCCUCCCCUCGACCCAAGAAAGUAAAGGCUCCAUAGGAAGCUGGGUUUAAGAGACUCUUGAUUUGCUGGAUAUGGGACUAAUGGAAUAGGAUCCUGGUGUUUAGCCUUGGCAGUGCUGAUUGGAUAAUAACGAUAAUGCUGGUGCUGAAUUCCUCGGAUGCAGUGCAGUAUUGGGAUCAGCCUCUCUUCUGCCUCAUUGCCCCUUACUCAAUGAUUUGCUACCUGUAUUUUUCCUGAUGGUCUUACACUACUAUCAGCGUCACUGCCAUUUGUUUUACAGUCACUGGUCUUGAACGUCCUCUCUUUAAUAUACUGGUAUCAGUUUAACUUAUAUCGGUGCCUUAACUUGGCAGUUUAAUUGCCUGUCUCCAUAGGGCAGAGCUGUGGGAUUGAGCAGUUCAGUGGUUAGAAUACAGGGUUCCAGUGUAGAAGGUAGAGUUUUUGAGUGGCUUCCGUGGUUACAAUACUGACUUGCAGUUUUGAAGUAAGUGAACUGAGAAGUAAUAUUGGCUAAUGAACAGAGCUGAGGGACUCAGGAUGGCUGGCUGUGAUUUGAAACCAGAAUCACCAGAUCCUCCACCUCUAACUGCUAGGACACCAUGCUUUCCAAUCCCUCAUUUUGCAAUUGCUAAUCAACUCUGCUUCAGUCGCUUAGCCCUCAACUUUGUCAUACUGGCCUCCACUCCUUCAGCUCUAAUCACAAAUCCAUUGUCCUCCAUUACCUCUGUUCUUUAUCACUGGGCCAUACACUUACAGUCCAUUAGCUUUCUCCCAUUGACCCCCCCCCCCCCCCCCCCCCCACACUCCCACUAGUUCCAUUCACUACCUCCCAGUCCCUCAGUUAAAAUCCUUUCCAGUAAAUGCCUGCACCAUGACUGGUAUAUGACAUAUAGGCUGCCCAUAUGACGUGUUGGAUUGUCUGCUUGCUUCAGUACAUAUCUCCUUUUUGCUGGAGAGGGAGGGCCAUUUAAAUUGAUGAAAUGCAGACCUUGAGCUCUCUUACAGUGCUUAAACACACCAAGUGAGUAACAGGCUGUAGAGGCAGGUAGUGCUGGCUGUGAUCAGAUACUCCAUGGGGAUUAUUCGUUCUGGUUGACAAAUAGUUGCCUCACCUUUUUUACAAUGAAAAAAACAAUUUGCAUUUUUUUUUUUUUUGGAAUGAAUUCCUAUCGCAUAGUGUUAGACAUGCUUGUUCUUGUCAGAUAUACACAUGAUUAAGCUGUAUGGAAGUCUUGUACCGAGUGCUUGCACACAAAGUAAAUGCUACAGUCUUUAAAUAAUUAAUAUUUUCCCAUUGAUACUCAAUGUGCAGUACAAUUCAUUAUUCUUUAAAUACACAGUAAUUCAUUAUAUCUCAACUGAAGCACAGUAAAUGAUAGAAAAAAAGACUUUGUCUUUUGGUUACAGUUGUGUACAGUGAAUUGCUGAACCGUUUAGAGGUGAAGCCAAUCUCAUUGUGAGAUGAUUUCAUUCCCUUUUUCCAGUGAUGAUUAUUAUUUUUUUGAGGAAGAUGCUGACUAAUGUUUUCUAAAGUUUCUUCUUUUGUGUGUAGUUGUGGAUAUCCUCAAUUAAAUCGAAGGAUCCUCGAUCACUUUUGAAUAUAUAGCAGACAGCCAAUCAGUGUGCAAAAUUCUCAUCCACUUUGAUUUAUUUAUCGAAGUACCAUUGAAAUUAAGCGAUAACUAAUGGGAGCAUCAAGUGUUUGAGGACAUAAUUGUCCUCCGAGUGAAUAAAGUCAGUGGAAUGUUAACUAGCCAAAAAUGUAAAGAGAUUUUUUUUCUAUUCUUUGUUGUUUAAAUUGAUAUAUAGAGGUUGCAUGAAGGAUUUUAUACUAGUGAAUAUCAUCUUCUUUACACUCAAUGCACCUUUUAGUUAUUCUAGCUAUUAUAUGACAAGUGUUUGAGGCAGUGGACUUAAUAGUUGUGUGCUGCUUCUGAUCUGAGUCUGACGUAAACUGAAUCAAUCAGUCACCUCAAUGACAGGCUGCUAUUGCCAUGGACCCUUUGUGGGGUUUGUUUAUCCAAACUGUUAUUGAAGGUUAACAGGAUCCCAAUGAAAGUGAAUGGCAGAGAAAUUCCAUGUGUUUAAUCCCAAAUAAUGAGCCUCUUUGGAGACCUCUUUUGAUUUAACUGAACAGUUGUGUGCUUUUAAGUUUAGAUCACCUGUAGGUCUGGUUAUCAAAAGAUUUUUUGCACGCUCUCUAGUUUGCUACCCCUCCCCUUCAAAUUACCCAAACACACUCUGUUCCCUGGGACUCUCCAGGGUCAAAACAAAAUGAUGCAAUCUUUCAAAACUAAUUCCUCUGUUUAUUAAGUAAAUGGUUAGACCAAGAUGUGCUUUAAUGCAAAAGAAAUAUGUAAAUCUGUCACUAUUUUUAGAUACAUUACACCAUGGACCAAAAUGUCUAAUAAUAUUUAUGGAGAUAUGUGGAAUUAAAUCCAUAUCUAUCUAUCUAUGUAUCUAUCUAUCUAUCUAUCUAUCUAUCUAUCUAUCUAUGGGUGUGUGUGUGUAAUAUAUACAUACAUACAUACAUACAUACAUACAUACAUACAUACAUACAUAUAUAUAUACAUACAUACAUACAUACAUCCACACAUACAUACACACACACAUCCACACAUCUUAGAUAGGUAUAUCUAUAACAGUUCAUUUGUAAAAUCGGUAAAUAUAUAGAUUUACCAGCUCAUCUGUCAAUCUACAAAUUAACCGGUCAAUGUAUAGAUUUACCAGCUUACCGGUCAAUGUAUAACAUAACCAAGGAAAUGCAGUAAAUAUAUACAUUUUCCAACUCCACAGGUCAAUGCAUAUAGCUAAAAAAAAAAAUCUUAGUUAAUGCAUUUAACUAACAAAACAGAUUGACCGAUGAGCUGGUAAAUCUAUACAUAUACCUGUUAAUCUGUAGAAUUACCGAUUUGUACACAUGAACCGUAACAUAUAUAAAUAUAUAUAAUCAAUCCGAACAGUAUUCCUUUUUUCUUCUAUGUUUUAAAUGUUGUACCUUUUUUAUUUCUAUUUUGUUAUCUAGCCAAAAAAUAAGAUUUUUUUUUCUUUGUUUAAAUGUGUAAAUGGAUAAAAAUAGGUAAACCUGUCGCAUGAAUAAUAAACUGCUUAUCCUGA